GAGGGUGCAAGAUUGAUCAAGUAUAGGUCGGAGACUGACAAUCCCAGAUAAAUACUUCAGACAGUAUACGCAAUGGCCGACACCGAGAUCGUCAGACCGGAGGAGCAGAGUGUGUCUAGUUCAGUCCACAGGAAUAGUCACAGAACAAUUGCUAACAAAUCAUCAUUGCUAGAAGCUCCUCAGUCUCCCUACCAGAAUGUCCGCACCAAUGGCCGUGCCUUCAACUCUCCCAAUUGGCGAAUGAAGAGCGAGACCAGCAGCCCGCAGGCCUCGCCCCCCUCGACACGCACCAACACAUCUCGGACGGCCUUUGCACGACCCGGACCCCACGUACCCCAGGCCAUUUCCGAGGGCCGCCGGUUGUACGUGGGCAACAUGCCCUACACGGCCAAGACGGAGGAUGUGGAGGCGCUUUUCACGGCGGCUGAGUUCCCUAUCGAGCGCAUCGACAUUGCCAUUGACCCAUUUACCGGCCGGAACCCCUCGUACUGCUUCGUCGAUCUGCAGACCAAGGAGCAUGCGGAGCGGGCAAUGGUCGAGUUGGACGGCCACGAUAUGCUGGGCCGCCCGAUCAAGAUCAAGCCUGGAGUGGCCAAGUCUGCCGAGCGUGCUGCUGAGCAGACCCGGACACCGUUUGCCAGCCCCAUGAGCCGCUGGCGUCCUUCGGAGGGCAGCACUACCAGCAGCACCACUAGCUUCGCCAAGGUCAACAACAAUGAUUCUAGCCAGCGGGUGUAUGUGGGAGGUUUGCCUCGCUUGACGGAGCCCGAAAGCGUGCAGAGCAAUAUGAGAACUUUUUUCCAGGGAUACAAUGUUGAGAAUGUUAGCAAGGUGUUCACCCCACACCCCGCAAAGCGAUUUGAGCCCGGUGACCACUACUAUCUGUUUGUGGACUUUAGCAGUGUUGAGGAGGCCCAGCGGGCCAUGGACACUCUCAAUGGGCAGCAAGGCCCCUGGGGAGGCCCGCUGCGUAUCCAGCGAGCCCGUGGCACGACCAACAACAAUAAGCCCGAGGGUACCUCGUCCCCGGCGGAUGGUGAACAAACUCCGCUAUAGAGGGGCAGAAAUGCAGCAUUAUAGAAGGGGGUAUUUUAGAUGGGAAUUGGAGUUUAUGAUAUAAAAAGGGCCAUUGAUACAAAUAGAUAUGAAAUAGGUUGAGACGGAAAAAUAAUAUCAUAGACUACUAUCAUACUAUCAUGCUAUCCAUCCC